GAGCACAUCAAGACGCUGUAUCAAUACCGUCUGGACAGUGUACAUUCUCACAAUGCUGGGCUCACCGAAAUUACGCAACGCGACGUGGUUACAUCCACUCCGGGGCAUCGCUUACUUCAUCUCACACCCUUUCCUAUGGCCCCUCCUUCGCAGUCGCUUACUACCAAUUUUUCUAUUAUCGGGCUUCAUCUACACGCUUCUAUUCUUCUUCGCCUAUCUCCCACAAGUCGCAUUUCUCGCCAUCUUUCAAGGACACAGUGCCUGGGUAAACGGCGCAUUUCUGGUCCUCGGAGAAGGAGCCGCAAUUGUCGCCCUGCUCUUCGAAGCAUUCUUCGUCGACGAAACAUUAGUCGAUGUCUUUGAUGCCGUGCUUAUAAACGAAGGAUUCGAACAAUUGGUCAAUAAAGAACGCGUUAUACACCCGGAUGGCGUCACGCCCGUUAAGAAGCUUGGGAAACCGACUACAAGCGCGGUCUAUGCACCCUUCUCAUUCAGGCAGAUAGUCGAGUUUAUCUUUUUGCUUCCACUCAACUUUGUGCCUGUCGCUGGUGUACCUAUGUUCUUAGUUUUGGCUGGAUAUCGAGCUGGACCGUUCCAUCAUUGGAGAUAUUUUCAGCUUCUGGAGUUCACCAAGGAUAAACGGAAGCGGUUCAUUCGUAGUCGCCAGUUGAAGUAUACAGCUUUCGGCACAGUAGCUUUGAUACUACAGCUUAUUCCCAUGUUUUCAAUGCUUUUCCUACUCACUAGUGCUGCUGGAUCAGCUCUUUGGGCGGCGGAGAUGGAGAAGCACGAGGCGUUUCUUGAGGCACACCGGCCGGAGAGGGAAGAACAUUUAUAUCACGAUGAUCCUGCAUGAAUCUACCUUACCUAAGUCCAUAAUGUAUAUGAAUGAAGUUACGAAUUUGCUUA